GUCCAUGUCUGCACGUUGCAACGCCAUUGUGAGGACGCACACUUACUUCAUUAUUUGAUCAUUUUUAACAUUAUUACUUUGCAUGGUCGGACAGAACGAGCUGUUUGACAGUUUCGCUCACAUAUAUAAGAAAAUCAGUGAUUUUCCAUCGCCUUGAUUCCGCCCAUAUCAUCGGGGUGUCCGCCUUGUUCGAGGGGCUGGUCGUAGAGGUCCGAUGCGUCACGUUUAUUUGGGCCUUCUGCAUCCCACUGGCAGGGAAGCGCCCGAUUUUUUUUCCUCCCUGCCUUAAAACGUCCUGCAUACAUUUAUUACAAGCGUGGAUCUUCGGGAUAACAAGGUAUCGAAGGGAAAACGCGACGCAAAGUAUGCAUUUGGAGACAAUUCUGUGUAGUUUGCUGGAGAAAAUUACAGACGUUCCCCCUGGAUUGGUAUUUACCAUAAAACAAUCACCUUGUCAAACUUUCACACGAUGAACAAGUCUUGAAUCCCUCCACAAGACUAUUUUAGCAUCAUUCAUGACUUUUCCAAUGAACUGACCAUCACUCGUUGGAACAUUUUUGCGCAAUCAGGUCCCAAAGUGCUGAUUCCUGAAAGCAGAAUUCAUACAUGUACAGUGGAAGAAUGACAGAAGCAUGGCAACAGCAACAUGCAGUGGCCCCUCCUCCCGUUGGGCACCCCCUUCUUCAAGGUGCUGAGAAUGCUUUGGGAACUGCCGCGUAUGGCAUUGUCCUACAGGCAGACCCUGCUUUGCAACAGGCUCAGCAUGGCCAACAUGCACAGCAGCACCCGCUGCCGGCUCAGCAGCCUCAGCUGCAGGUGGGGAGCGAAGGUGGCCACAAAUGUGGCGCAUGUGGCCACGAUAUUUCGCACUUGGCCAAUCCCCACGAGCACCAGUGCAUGGUUAACCAGGACCGUUCGUUCCAAUGCACACAGUGCAUGAAGAUCUUCAACCAAGCCACGGAUCUUCUAGAGCAUCAGUGUGUCCAGGUCGAGCAGAAGCCGUUUGUGUGUGGCGUGUGCAAAAUGGGCUUCUCGCUUCUCACGUCUUUGGCGCAACAUCACAACGAGCACAGCACUGGAAACAAUCCAAUGAAGUGCUCUAUUUGUGAAAAAACAUACCGCCCAGAUUCCACGUCUUCUAACCCUCAGCAGCCUUCUACUGCCGAGACAUCCAGUGAUGGAGCAGCCAUGGGUUCCUCUUCCACUACGGCUUUUCAGAGCUCCGACCGUCCGUAUAAGUGCUCCGUGUGCAAUAAGGCGUUCCGUCACCUUUCGGAACUCUCGCGUCACGAAAGAGUGCACACGGGUGAGAAACCCUACAAGUGCGACACGUGCGAGAAGAGCUUUAGCCAGGCUUCCCACCUGGCACACCACCAGCGCACUCACAGCGCCGAUCGCCCUUAUAAAUGCGCCGUCUGCGAGAAGACCUUCAAGCACCGGCAGCACCUCGUACGGCACAUGUACGCUCACUCCGGCGAGCACCUUUUCAAGUGCAAUCUGUGCGAGCUGCAUUUCAAGGAGUCAUCCGAACUGCUGCACCACCAGUGCCAGCCAGCAGGAGAGCGUCCGUUUCGCUGCGCAGCCUGCGGGAAGAGCUUCAAACGGCCCUCGGACCUCAGGCAGCACGAGCGGACCCACUCGGAAGAGCGGCCUUUCCAGUGCGAGGAGUGUCAGAUGAGCUUCAAACAGCAGUACGCGCUCGUUCGCCACCGCCGUACGCACAAAAACCCGGCCGAUCGGCCUUUCAAGUGCAAUCAGUGCGACAAGGGUUUCCUGCAACCUUCCCACCUGCUGUACCACCAGCACGUCCACGGCAUCGAGAGCCUGUUCAAAUGUGCCGCUUGCCAAAAGGGCUUCAGACAAUCCGGGGAGCUGCUAAGGCACAAGUGCACGGAAUCGAACUCCGGAUCGAACGCCGUAGAGAAGCCCUACAAGUGCGACGUGUGCGGGAAGGGCUACAAAAAGUCGUCGACGCUACAGCGGCACCAGAACUCGCAUUGCACCGAAAAGCCGCUCAAGUGCUCGCUCUGCGGCCGCCGCUUCCAGUCCUCGUCGGAUUUCGUGCAGCACCGCUGCGACCCGGCUCGAGAGAAGCCGAUGAAGUGCGCGGACUGCGAGAGGCGCUUUAAAUAUUCGUCCGAGUUGCAGAGACACCGGAGAGUCCAUACAGGAGAGAAACCCUUCAAGUGUCCCACCUGCGACAAGGGAUUCAAACAGCGCGAACACUUGGCCAAACAUGGCAUCGUGCACUCCCGUGAAGCCCAGUUCAAGUGCGUCUGGUGUGGGGAGUGUUUUGGAGAGCUUGGGGCUCUUCAAGAACAUACAGUUCAACACACUGCAGAAGGAGGGGGUUAUCCAGCGUCCUCGUGCAUAGAGUAGUCACCGUCUGCUGUUGCUCCUUGCCAAGCGAAAAUACCCUCUGCGCGCAAUAGUAACACUGCGAUUUUUCUAACAUAUAUUUAGUGAAAGUGUACGUUUUACAUAUCCCCAAAAGUUUCCUAUUGGAACUGCGUGAAGUGUCAGCUUGUAAAAGUCUUGACGUACCUCUGGGUAGAUAUUGUCAACAUUGCAUCUUCUCCACUUGCCUCAGUUCUUCAUAAAUGGUCUCUAUUCAAAAAUAAGCUUGUAAAUUCAUGUGCAACUCAUUAUACUUGAGACUGGUGUUUCCAACAAAGAAAUGCUGAAGCUAAAGGUUUAGUUUGAGUUCUGCUUAGUAUCUAAAAUUAAAAGUAAACCAAGAAGAGAAUGCAGUGCUCUUAAAUUGGUACGCCACCCUGGAUCUGCUUUUUGGUCUUCAUACGAUUGACCACAACUAGAUGUUUCAUUGCAUUGGUUUUCUUUCUAAUUAUUUGGCCUUGUAACUCUCAAAUUAACUGCCUUUCUUCCAGUGCUCUCCAUUUCGUGUUAGUUAUGGAACACUGUAUGGCCAUCCGGACAAUAUACAGUAGUGAUUGUAUGUAUUCGUAAUGUAUAACUCCCAUCACCUAACCCAUGAUGUAACAGGGUAUAUGUAUGCAUGAUUAGCCUAAAUAAUUUAUAGAGUUUGUUGUAAUCUGUCAUGUUAACUUUGUAGGCAAAUGACUACACACACAAAAAAAAAAAAAAAAAAAAAAAUAGCCAUUCUUUUUUCUCUAGUGCAUUUCGAUUCAUCUCUAACAAUAGGUUGCAAGCAGUUAAAUUUACAGUAGCACAAAGAUUUACAGUUACUUAUUAACUGCCAGGCAACAGAGAACAACGACAAAGUAUUUUUGUUUGCAGAUUGCAAACGGAUGGUGUUGCGUUAGAUAAACAAUGCUGUAGAAUUUGUAAAGUUAUCUGUACAUGGAUGUUUUGUAUCGCUUCGACAUGAGUACAGUGCUAGGAUUUAGUAUAUGUUUGUGUUUCAUCAUACUGUGCAUAUGUGAUUGUUUCCUCUUGUGAGGAUACACUGUUUCUGUUUUAGUGGAUUAUUGUUUUGCCACAGAUAACUUGUUCAGUUUCUCUGCCACAAAUUCUGUGUUUGCUUUCUGCUUUAGAAACAAUAUUGCCAUAAAUCAGUUAGCGUUUCGUUUUAUAAUUGCCUAAUUGGAUCAGCACCUCUUUUUUUUGUUUUAAACCACAGAUAGAUGUUCAGAUUUGGAUGCAAAAUUGCACUGCAGGCAAUCAGAAGCAACUUCAAGAGUAUAUAAUAUGUCGCAGUAUUAACUACUAGUAGUAGAGUGUUUUUAAAACGUCAAAAACCUCUUACAAUGCAGUGUCUAAAUAGUGAAUCCAUAUUAAUGAUACGUUGUAUGAUGAUCCUAACAGCUUGAAUGUAAACAUUGCAGACAUUUCUGUUUCCCUUUCGAUGCCUCUGAAAGCCUUAUUAACAUUAACGGCUUAUGUGUCAGUAUUGUUUGUUCUGUUACAGAUUUGUGUACUCUUAUGUUCAUGUGCAUUAAAUGCAGAGACUGAAUGUUGUCA